AUGGCAUAUCCUGAGUUUUCUUCGCGGAAAUUGCGAACUUGCGAUAUUGUAGCCUAUGACGACGCGGAACUAGACGAGUAUCUCGAAAGAACCGGAAGAGGUCGAACAUAUGGCGGAGGCGGAGUGGACAAGUCUCGUCCAGUUGACCUGGCUCAAGUCAACACACGUCUUCUGCAGGCCGAGAAAGAGAAAGAGCCGGGGAAAGAGCCGCAAGACAAACAAGCAGCCCCCCGAACUCCACACAUCAUAUAUGAGCAAUCACCUGUUGUAAUUGAAUCUAAUACGUCUUCCCCCAGAUCUACGCCAUCUGCCGAUCUGGAGGGCUGGAGACUUGAGCUCCAGCGGAGGGAGACCGAGUCGUACAAGGAGCUUGUUGAAGACGGCGGGCGAGCCUCGCACCCCUUUAGCAAUACCGAGGACAUAUACAAAUGCCCGGGAGAAUUGCGCGAGCUCCUCUCGUUUUGGAACGGCCGUGGCAAUCAGCAACAAGAGGCAUUAUUUACGGCACAAUUGGCGAGGUGGAAGCAAUUCCGCAUGUUCCAGCGAUUCAUGAGGGAGCGGAACAUUCAAGAUCCGCAGGUAAUUCGUAUUUUUUCAGGGCAUGCUGCCCAUGAGGACAGAAAAUGGACUGCCUUCAUCGACAGCCAACGGCCAAAGACGGGAGAGGUGGGACGUUUCCCAGUAUACGCCAGAGCGGUGAAGGACCGACUCGUGAGACACGGAUUCUUACGCAACUUUCAGCUUGACGAGGACCCGACUAGACAGGACAAUUUAACGACAUGGAUUGAAUAUCUUGGCUAUGAAUAUUGGUGGCACGAUCGAUACGCACUUUCGAUCCACCAAGAACAGUGGCUAGAGAGUAAGUGGAAGGAGAUCGUUGACAGCAAUGUAUUAAGGCACUCCGAGACCCGGGAGUCCAUAGCUGGUUUUGAGCCUUCAAUGCUACGGUAUGAGGAAUUGAACCGGUCUCAAGAGCUUGUGGACACUGCGAAAUCCGCCGUGAUUGCUGCUCGAAAAGCUAUCUUCGACUCGGAAACCUCUAGGAAUCGUCCCAAAGAGCUUGAGCAAAGGCUGAUUGAAGCACAGUCAAAACUAAUUGCAGAGGAGGAGAAGUGCGAUUUUAUUAGUCGCCGAAAUAAAAUAAUUGGAGCGUACAUCCAGGACACCAGCAAUCAUCUGAUUUUCAAAGAGAAUGCACAACGCCAUUCUAUACUCCUACGAUGGAUCCUCGACCAACUUCCUCUAGUCGAACUUGACAUGAAGUCAUCUGAAACCGCGGCGAAUACCUUGAACGACGAAUCUGUCAGGAAACCUUCAUUCGAUCAAGCUGACCAGCCCAGGGAGGGAGAUGUCCCCAGAAAUCAGGAGUAUAAUGGGAUCGAGCAACUUGCGACUUCGCAUUCGCAGACACACAUAGCAACCACUUCCCAAGAAAGUAAAAGGCGUAAACGCGGCUCUGACAUACCCAGCGAAGAACAACUAUCAAAACGUCCAAGGCGCAACGGCGGAAAGGGCGCCGUCGAUGGCUACACAUUAUACGAGCCAGCGGCUACGGGUGCAGCAACAGAUGUAGCCGCCAGUGAACGAUCACAUAAUCCCAACCCACCCGCAUCAAAGAUCACCAGACAAAAACAAAAAGCGACUACAGUCACAGUAGAAGUAGAGGGAAAUGUUAAAGAAAUUGACAAGGUUUCUAGCAAAGGCGCUUUACAUGAAAAACGACCAGCUAAGCCGCAAACACGCUCUCACAAAAGGGUCCCCAAGACCUCUGCAUCAAGGAUGACCAGACAAAGGUCAGGAGCAGCUACCGUGCCAGCAAACAAAGAGGCUGAUGCGGAAACUGACCAGAUUUCAAGCCGAGGCAUUUCGCUUCGAAGUAGAAGAAAGAAGAACUUACCUUCUGACCCGCAACUUUCUUCUGCGACCCACAAACCUCUUCGCCGCAGCCUUAGACUUGCACAGAGAAGAGCAGCUAUUAAUGCUCGUAUGGCGGCGCCACGGCCUUAG